GGCAUCGAGACCCAGAUAAGUUCACUUCCGGGUCAGCUCGCCUCCCUCUUUCCUGUCGGCCAUUAGUCGUCUCGGUUUCCUGGUGACCACCGCUACAACCCGUCUCAUCAUGCAGAACGACGCUGGAGAAUUCGUGGACUUGUACGUCCCCCGCAAAUGCUCUGCUAGCAACAGAAUCAUUGGAGCCAAGGACCAUGCCUCCAUCCAGAUGAACAUUGCUGAGGUUGACAAGGUGACUGGUCGUUUCAACGGUCAGUUCAAGACCUACGCCAUCUGUGGCGCCAUCCGCAGGAUGGGGGAGUCAGAUGACUCCAUCCUGAGGCUGGCCAAGGAAGACUCCAUCGUCGCAAAGAACUUCUGAGGACGUCACUCAAACUUUGAUAAAUAAAAUGGUGGAAAAAAUGUUGUUGUUGUUGUUGUCAUUUCUAAACCGCUCACGUCUAACGGGUCAGUUAAAAGUGAAAUGUUAACUACUGAGGUUCGAGGUGGAUCAUAUCAUCUUCAUCACAGGAAACAGAAGACGAGUCACCAUGUCGGUCCAGACGCCUUCUGUCUGUAAUUAAGGCAAUAAAAUGGUUUUUUUUUUUGGGGUUCUUUUUUUAAAUAACUAAAGUGGUGAAAAUAAAUCAUGAACUUGUUCUCAUGAGGAUCUGAAACAUGAAAACUUCAGUCACAAGAGUCUGAUCAGAGUUUCUAAAGACUCAUGAACAUGUAAAGAAUAUAACAUUUAAAGGUGUUGAACCAAAAUAAAUAAAAUGUCUUCUGACUCCUGA